AUGACGGAUUCCGUGGUGGUGGAGGGUCACGUCAAGUUGAGAGACGGAAAAAAGGUCCCCGCUCCCGGCGCCCCUUCGGCCCGCGGGGGUCCCCGACCGCCGCCCCUUGCCCUGAGGGGAGAGAGCCCGCUCUCCCCCGCGCGGCCCCGGCUAACCCUGUCCCUUUGCCUCUCGUUGCAGUGGAAGAGCAGGUGGCUGGUGCUGCGCAAGCCCUCCCCGGUGGCAGACUGUUUGCUCAUGCUGGUGUACAAGGAUAAAUCUGAACGAGCAAAAGGGCAUAAGGAGAGGAGCAGCAUGACCUUAGAAGACAUCUGUGGCUUGGACCCUGGGCUCUCCUAUGAGGGCCUGAAUCACACGCUCGCCAUCAUCUGUCUGUCCCAGGUUGUGAUGCUGGGAUUUGACAGCAAGGAAACCAUGUACGCCUGGGAUGUGCGAAUACGCUACAGUCUGGGGGAAGUUCAUAGAUUUCAAGUCUUUGUAGCCCCUGGCACAAAACUAGAGAGUGGGCCUGCUACCCUGCAUUUCUGCAAUGACAUCCUUGUCCUGGUGAAAGACCUUCCUCCCAGUGUCAUGGGGCAGUGGAAGCUCUCGGAUCUGCGGCGCUAUGGGGCUGUCCCGAACGGAUUCAUCUUCGAAGGGGGCACCAGGUGCGGCUUCUGGGCUGGUGUUUUUUUCCUCUCUUGUGCUGAAGGGGAGCAGAUCAGCUUUCUGUUCGACUGCAUCGUCCGUGGCAUCUCCCCGACCAAAGGCCCCUUUGGUCUGCGUCCAGUGCUCCCAGAUCCAAGUACAAACCCAGCCUAUUCAGAAGAAAGAUUGGCUCAUGAAGCUUUGCAAUUAGAAAAGCGUUUGAGCUUGCUGUCCCAUACAAGUCGUCAAGGUAGCGGAGGAGAUGAUAGGAGUAUUUCGAGCUCAUCUUCAGAUACCAGCCACUCGGAUGUCAGCGUUGGGAGCAGGCUGACAGUGUGGCCUGAGCAAUCUUCAGCCAGCACCUCUCAGGAGAGCCAUGGGCUGGCAGCUGCCAAGGGCAUUCACCUGGGAGAGGAGAAGACCCUUCCAGAAGGGGCACGUGGCACCACCAAGCCCCCUCCGAAGCCCCUGCGGUCCAGACAGCUGCAGGAAAUCGGACGUCAGAGCUCUUCUGACAGUGGAAUAGCUACUGGUAGUCACUCUUCCUACUCUGGGAGCUUCUCUUCCUAUGCUGGGAGCUUAGACAUUUGCCAUGGUGAUGAGUUUGGAUCAUUGCUAAGCUUGCCAUUGAACUUUCCUUCAGAUCAGAGUCUAUGUACUUGCCCUCACGGUGAGUCUCAGAGAGGUGUGGGAUCAGAGUAUCAGGUUCCCAGCUCUCUCAGACACGUUUAUGAUAUACCCAGGAGUGUGUUACAGACAGCUUCUAAGGAAGUGCAGCUGAAGAGUGCAGAUUCCACACUACCCAAGGACCAGGCCCUGCCAGCUCAAGGUGCCAGUGACCCAAGACUGCUGCUACCACACUUGGAAGCACGGAGGGGAGCUGAGCACAGCCAGCACAGAGGGAGGCCUUCAUCCUUACUCACAGAAAGCAGCAAGGACUCAAGUGAUGAGACAUAUGUGGAUUUUGUUUCAAGGUGGUCAGACACAAAACUACAAGGACAGGUGUCAGACUCCAAAAGUAGUGAGCUGUCACCACCUGGUGGGGCCUCAGCUGACCCCUGUGACACAUGUAGCCCCCACCUUGGGAUGACAAGAGCUCUUUUUUCAUCUUGUCCAAUCUGUGGUGGACUAAAGGGAACAGCAGUAUUACAGUCUGGAGUCUUACCAGCUAUAUCAGGUGGUGCUUCUGUCAUGGCAGCUUCUGGGUCUUUGAAAGUGCAUAGAGGGCACAGUCUCCAGGCUGGUCCUAAAGGUGGGUAUGAGAUGCUAGCACUUCCUUCAGAGCCUGGAACUCCAACUAGUUCUGAGGAACUUGAAGGGGCUGUAGGUUAUUCAGCUGAUGUCCCUACACCAGAUCGACCCCACAGUGAGGCAGCCACCUAUGUUAAUAUUCCUGUCAGCCCUACUUCCAAAAAACAGCUUCACUACAUGGAACUGGAGCUUCAAGAAUCUAGCACAAGCAUAAGAGGGAGUGGAUCGUCCCGGUAUGCCCAGAUUGACAUCGCAGCCACGGAGACGGCGCACAAGGUGGGGACGCAGCACGCGCAGUGCCGCCAGGAGCGCCUGCAGGAGCUGGAGCACAAGAAGAAAGGAGCUCAGCAGUGA